AUGCAAGCUAAUCCUGUUUAUGGUAACUCAUCUGGUAAUUCAUCCUAUCCUAAAAGAAGUCAGCCUGCUGCAGUUUAUGUUCUUUUGUAUUUCUUCUCGGCAUCUCUGGUGAUUCUCACUGUGUGUGGAAAUCUGCUGGUUAUAAUCUCAAUUUCACAUUUCAGGCAACUUCACACACCAACCAACAUACUUGUUCUGUCCUUGGCAGUUGCAGAUUUUUUAAUAGGUAUAUUUGGAAUUCCUUUUGCUAUGAUUAAAACUAUUGAAAACUGCUGGUAUUUUGGUGACAUUUUUUGCUUAGUAUAUAAUUUAAUAACAUUUAUCUCAACUUCUGUUUCUAUUAGCAAUUUGGUCUUUAUAGCUGUAGAUCGCUAUGUUGCUAUUUGUGAUCCACUGCAGUACACUUCCACAAUUACUGUUUCUUUUGCUGGAUGCUUCACUGCAGUUGGCUGGGUCUUCUCGUUAGUUUACACUGUAAUAAUCAUUAGUAUUAAUGGCAUUGACAGCAGUGAGGGGCAGGAUGGUUGUCCACAUGACUGUUUUGUUACUCUAAGUGAAGUAUUUGUCAUUGUGGAUCUAAUAAUUACAUUUAUCUUGCCCUGUUCUGCAAUGAUAAUUCUUUAUUUAAAAGUAUUUAUUGUUGCAGAAAAGCAUGCAAAAAUAAUAAGUAAUACUAUACAAGAUUACAAACAAGGCAAGAAAAAUAUAUCAAAAAAGUCUGAAAGAAAGGCAGCGAAAACAUUAGGCAUUGUAAUGGGAGUCUUUUUACUUUGCUGGGUGCCAUACUACCUCUGUGGCCUAAUCGAUUCAUAUUUAAAUUUUAAUGCUCCACCAAUAGUAAAAAAUAUUUUUAUUUGGCUAGCUUACUUCAAUUCAUCUGUGAAUCCAAUCAUUUAUGCUUUGUUUUAUCCCUGGUUUCAAAAAUCAGCCAAACUCAUAAUAACACUGAAGAUCUUAUCUCCUGAAUCCUCUUUAGUCAGCUUAUUUUCAGAUAGUCACUAAAUCCAGCUUACUGCUCUCUUUUGUACUGAGGACGGUAAAAUGACAAGCAUACUUCCAGCAAAAAAAUACAUACAUAGACUCUUAAACAAAUAAAGCACGGAC